UCCAGCAGGCAUCACUACAGACCCUCGGAGGGGACAGGCCAGAAUUAAGCCUACUGCUUUCACGGUUUCCAACUCUUCCCUUUCCCCUUGACGUGGGAAGGGGAGGUAGCCCCUUUCUGCUCUUCCGGGACGGCUGUGUAAAGGGGGAAACCCUGGGUCCUCUCACUCUUGCGCAGGCAGUUCAGCGGCAUCUCCUGCCACCUCCUUCAGGGACCUCACCGCUUCCUGCACAGGCCCUGCCUCUCUCCCUGGCCUAGAGUUUCCCGCAGCCCCCUGGAUCUCCGGGAAGCUUGCCCUGGACCCCCACCUUCCUUACAGUGACACCUUACCAUGUCCCCCUCCACCAUGAAUCGACAUCGCGCUCAAUGCCCCCUCUCAGAUCAUCUCUGCGUGUAGACUCCCGGCCCCGCCCUGGGAUGCCCUCUCCCUCCUGCCCCCGCGGUGACUUUCCCCAGCCCCGCCGGCCGUCGAGCUCUGUGGGCGGGGCUCUAGGGCAGUCACCGCCCACGGGGCGGGGCCUGCCCGUUGGGGGCGAGGCCACCGGAGGCCGCGCCCGGCCGGGGGUUACUGGAGCCUAUAAAGGGAGGACACCCACCGCCAGCCCGGUUGGCAUACCCGAGCCGCCGCCAGCCCCGCGAAGCGGAGCCAACGCCGCCACCGAGGGGCGCCCGGCGCCGGAGCCAUGACCCUCCGCCGACUCAGGAAGCUGCAGCAGAAAGAGGAGGUGGCGGCCGCCCCGGACCCCGCCACCCGGGCUCCCGACUCGGAAGUCGCUCCCGCCCGGACCCGGGCUUCGGGCUCCCCUGCUGGAGCCGCUACCUCUGGGCCCCCCGGGGACGAGCUGUAUGCUGCGCUGGAGGAAUAUCAUCCUGCAGAGCUAUAUCGCGCGCUUGCGGUGUCGGGGGGCACCCUGCCCCGCCGAAAGGGCUCAGGAUUCCGCUGGAAGAGUCUCAGCCAGAGUCCUGAACAGCAGCGGAAAGUGCUGACCUUGGAGAAGGAGGAUAACCAGACCUUCGGCUUUGAGAUUCAGACUUAUGGCCUUCACCACCGGGAAGAGCAGCGUGUGGAGAUGGUAACCUUUGUCUGCCGGGUUCACGAGUCCAGCCCUGCCCAGCUGGCAGGGCUUACACCAGGGGACACAAUCGCCAGUGUCAAUGGCCUAAAUGUGGAAGGCAUCCGACAUCGAGAGAUUGUUGACAUCAUUAAGGCAUCUGGCAACGUUCUCAGACUAGAAACUCUGUAUGGGACAUCGAUUCGGAAGGCAGAAUUGGAGGCUCGUCUGCAGUACCUGAAGCAAACCCUGUAUGAGAAGUGGGGAGAAUACAGGUCCCUAAUGGUGCAGGAGCAGCGGCUGGUGCAUGGCCUGGUGGUGAAGGAUCCCAGCAUCUAUGAUACCCUGGAGUCUGUGCGCUCCUGCCUCUAUGGUGCGGGCCUGCUCCCCGGCUCACUGCCAUUCGGGCCUCUGCUCGCUGUGCCUGGGGGCCCCCGUGGGGGCGCCCGGCGGGCCGGGGGCGAUGCCACCGAUGACGCUGUCUACCACACGUGCUUCUUUGGGGACUCUGAGCCACCGGCCCUGCCACCCCCGCCGCCUCCGACCCGCUCCUUGGGGGGCACUGCCCUGGCCCCGGACCCCGGGUUGUGCCCUGGGUCGCGGGCCACGCUGAGCCGCAGUGCCAGUGUGCGCUGCGCAGGCCCCGGGGGCGGCGGAGGCACCCUCUGGACUGAGGCCCGGGAGCAGGCCCUGUGUGGCCUGCGCAAAACCAAGUAUCGCAGCUUCCGCCGUCGGCUGCUCAAGUUCAUCCCUGGACUCAAUCGCUCCCUAGAAGAGGAGGAGAGCCAGCUGUAGGGCCAGGGUGGGCAGGGGAGGUAUUUAUUUAUUUAUUCUAAGUAAUAGCCAGUGCAAAGCGGGGGUGCUGGGCCAGGAGGACCCCAGGAACCCAGAGCAGCGGGAGAGGGUCCUAGUGAGCCCUGGUGGGCUUGAGUGGUUCCUGGCUUGUCUCACUGAGGGAAUGGGGGCCCCAAACCCCUUCUCUUUUCCUCCCCUAAACCAUAGUGGGAGCUGGGGCAGAAGGAGAAAUUUAGGGUUGGGAGAGGUUUGGGGGCCAAAGAUAGGGUGUGCUAUUGUACAGUCUGGGUCAGUAGUGCCUUGUGGGUGUCCAGGAACAGUCCCCCACCCUGGAGUGGGGGACCCCGUCCCAUGAAGCCCUCUCCUCAGCUUUACCUGCUCCCCCUGCCCUUAGCCUUGGGGAGAAAUGGCCGAUGGUGGGUCAUUCCCCACCCUCUACACACACAGCCCCAGUGGACCAGUGGACCAGUGGACCAGUGGGCCCCAGGGGCGGAGGUGCUGGCCCUCUCCCUCCUAGCUGUGGCCCCUAAGGGCUUGGCCCCUCCUAGGGGCCUAUAAAACUAAUGGGGUCCUGGGACGGGGGGCUUGGGUUCUGUGCCCCUUGGGGAACAGGAGCCAGCAUAUUCAGGUGGGGUUGGGGCAGCACAGACUGUUCCAUCAUUUUGCAUAUUGUUGCUUCUGAACCACAAAGUGUAUAAAAUUGACGGUAUUUUGCAUCUGUGUCAGCGUGGUGACUACGUGGGGGAGGAUUGGGCUCAGGCAAGCUCUGGCUCCGCCACGCAGCCCCCACUCCCCAAACACACACUCACAUAGUAUGCUUUACAUCUCAUUUUCUUGCAGCCUAAAGUCAGGGAAAUAGUCUGGGAGGUUUCAACUGACAUGUAUGGGCCUGAACUAGAGGCACCACACCCCUUCUCAGAACUUGGGCCUCUUGUUUAAAUAUGCCUUGAGCUUCCCUCCCCAGAUACCUAUAGCAGGUGGUGGCCAAGCCCUGUCCAAAGUCCUUACUAUCCCUGUGGAAAUAAGUAUGCCUGAUAUCCCUUUGUUCUCAAUUUGAGGUCUCCCCUGAGGGGCAGAAGACAGAUCUACUGACAACCUUAGUCAUCAUCCAUUCUACUUGUGACAGGCUCCCA